AAUUGUGAUAGUAGAUUUUUUAAAAUUAAUUAGUUAAUUAUUGUUGCUUUAAAAAAAAUUUUUUGAAAUGUCAACGAAAUCAAAUCCGCGACCUUCGUCCCCGCGGCGAUUUUUCGCGCGAAUUUACGGGCAUCUCGAGAGCAAAGACGAGAGUGUAAAUAAGACGGAAGAUUUGACGAGAGAAUUUGAUGACAAGAAUGACAGUGAUCAAGUAAUAAGAGACUCGCGGUUACGCGUAAAGAGAUUUGUGGAAAUUAAAAAUUGCGCGGAACCGGGCGAGGGGGAUGAGGGUGACGAUGAGGAAGAAGAAAAGCGGGAGUUGGAUAUCAAAGACAAAGUAGAUAAAGUUGAAAGUAAAGAAAUAAUUGGGGGUGAGUUAAUUGACAGCAAUUUUUCUCGGCCUUUUUUACCCCACGGUAUUUUCGCCGGAAGUACGACGCAUCCACUUCAUCACCUGGCUCACGGUGGACAUCCGGUUCCUUCUAUGCCGCCGCAUCUUCAGAAUCUCGCGGGACAUCCGGCAGACUCGCACUUCCAUGGAUUCUCUGCUUUUCUUGCAAGAAGAAGAAGAAAAGAAGGCAGACCAAGAAGACAACGUACGACAUUCAGUGGUGAACAAACAGCAAGAUUAGAGCUGGAAUACCAUCGCGGGGAAUAUAUAUCACGAAGCAGAAGGUUCGAAUUAGCAUCGGCAUUGAGACUCACGGAGACACAGAUUAAAAUAUGGUUUCAAAAUCGUCGGGCGAAGGAUAAAAGAAUUGAAAAGGCACAAAUAGACCAGCAUUAUCGAAAUGUUGCGGUGUCAAAUGCGCUCGCUAAUUUCCCAGCCUACAGCAAUUUCUGCGGAUUGUGUUUUUACAAGGAUCCAAACAGGGAAUUGACGCCGCAUGCCUGUAUAUCAUCUUAUCGUCCCGAUAUUAUGAUAAAAAGUUUACAGGAUAAAAAUCGAGGGAUUAGUAUCAGUAGUUCAAGUAGCGAAAGCUCGGAAAUUCCACCGACUGCUAUUUCUCCGAUUUAA